AUGGCCUCACUCAUCACCGCUGUUCGCUCAAAAUUGCUUCAAGCCAUCAGAUCCGUGAACCCCCCUGGACGAUGGAAGAUCCUUGUGGUGGACGAACACUCACAGAAGCUGCUAGGCUCAGUUCUCAAGCAGUUCGAUAUCCUUGAGGAGAAUGUUACCUUGAUUGAGUCGAUAUCCAGUCACCGGGAACCCCAACAGUUUGAGGCAGUGUAUCUACUCAUGCCGACUACGCAGAAUGUCAAACGCAUCAUCAAAGACUUUAGUGACGGCCGCCAGCAAUAUCUUGGGGCUCAUUUAUUCUUCGUCGAUGGGUUAUCGGAAGCCUUGUUCGAGCACUUGACGACGUCCCCUGCUGAACCGCACCUGAAAGGCCUGCAGGAUUUAUUUGUCAACUUUUGGGCGACCGAGGCGCAAACUUUCUCUCUUCAGUCACCAGGCCUGUUCUUUAAUACUUAUAGCCCACCGCGAAAUGAGGCUGCGUUCAAGUCAGCGCGAUCGAAGCUUGAGGAGGAGUUGCGGUUCGUUAGCAAGACUAUAGCAAACGUCUGCAUCACCCUCAACGAGUUCCCGUACGUUCGGUACUACAUGCCAACUCACCACACUCCCCUUGGUCCCCUCAAGCCCAACGACCAAACGCGCGCCCCUCCGCCUCCUGAAGGCAGUGGUCGAUGGCGAACCAAUCUAGCUCGCGGAGACGCUGCACGCGCGUACGAGGUUGCUGACACGGAUUUCGUUACAAAGUUGCUUGCGUUCAUGAUCCAGCAGAACCUAGACGAGUACAAGCGGAUUAAUCCGGAGUUCCCUAAAGCUUCUGAUCCUCCCCGACCCCGCGGCACUCUCAUAAUCACAGACCGAUCUAUGGAUACCAUCGCACCUUUCAUUCACGAGUUCACAUAUCAGGCUAUGUGUAAUGAUCUGCUGCAGAUAGACGACGGCACGAAAUACAUGUACAAGUUUCAGUCAUCGGUCGGAUCUUAUGAGGACAAGAUCGCCACUCUUUCCGAUGCCGACUCCGUAUGGACCACUGUCCGCCACAUGCAUAUGCGUGAAGCGAUCGACAAACUCAUGGCAGAUUUUAACAAGUUCAUGGAAGAGAAUGCAGGGUUCAAGGGGGAGGGUGCUGCCAGUCUUAAUGACAUGAAGGAUAUGCUUGCAAGUUUGCCUCAGUAUCAAGAGCAGAGAGAAAAGUUCUCGUUGCAUCUGAACAUGGCGCAGGAUUGUAUGAACCUGUUUGAGAAGCAUAAACUACCGCUGGCAGCCAACGUUGAGCAGUGUUGCGCUACUGGACUCACCGCAGAGGGGAAGACACCGAAGACUCUUGUUGAGGAAAUGGUGCCUUUGCUGGAUAGUCAAGAGGUCAUAAAUUCCAACAAAGUGCGCAUGGUCGCGCUUUACAUCCAACACCGUGAUGGUGUUCCAGGCGAGGAUCUCCGACGAUUGUAUCAACAUGCACGGCUGAGCAUGGCUGAUCAGGACGCCGUCAAUUCGUUGGUCUAUCUUGGUGUUCGCAUAAGCAGAGGACCUUCGGACAAGGAUACAAAGAAGAAACUCAAGCAGAAGACAUGCAGUGACGACGAGUAUGAGCUCUCACGGUACCGACCUCUGCUUCGGACAGUCAUAGAAGAACACUCCGCCAGCAAAUUAGACCCCACGCUCUUCCCCUACGUCAAAGAUUCCCCGACAGUUCUGUCGCCGGCUGCAAGUCUUAAACAGACAACACCCCAAACCACGUCCCUACGCAGUGCGAAGCCUAGCUGGCACAAGGCUGUUCGACCGAAUGUUCUUGCGGAGAGCAAGCAGCGUGUUAUCGUGUUUGUAGUCGGCGGGAUGACAUACUCGGAGAUUCGAGAAGCAUACUCGUUGUCGACGUCGCUAAACAAGGAUAUCUACAUAGGCUCGACGCACGCUAUUACGCCCCGUAAUUUCAUUGAUGACUUGAAAGUCAUUGAAAUUGCGGGGGUCGGCUCACGUGCUGUGCCAAACGGUGUCUCGUUGGCAGAAGCACAUCACUCAUACCAAGAGUAUUAUGAUGAGAAAUACUUCACACCAGACCCUCCUACACCUCAACGCCCCGCACUCCCUGUGCCGAAAGAUUCGAAACUUUUCGCCGGCAAGCUUGUGAAGACACCGUCGUCUACAUCAUCGGCAUCGCUGGUCGGCUCGGGUACGGUAGAAAAGGAAGAGAAGAAGAAAAAGAAGGGACUUUUCCGUUUCUGA